GUUUUUGUAGUAAAUUUUAAAUCUGAUGCUGCACAAAAACUAACAAUUACAAUCAAGUAAAUAAUAGAUAAUCUGGUCACAUCCAAGACUGAUUAGAAAAAACAUGCCCGAACCCCCCGACAUUAGUUUGAUGGUUUUAAUUAAGAUCAGAUAAGAUAAGGUAGGACUUCAUUUCUCCCUGUGGGGAUGUUGAGUGUUAUCAGGCAACAUAGUGCAAAAUAUACAAAUAUACAAACAAUAGAAGGAGGUGGACCAGAGGAACCAUAGAGCAAAGCAAACAUGGUAAAAAAAUAUUUCCACAUUGCAUCAGGUUUAAGUAGCCAAGGCUUGAGGAGGUGGAGUAUAAAUGGUGACGUUCAUGAAAUUAUGUCGGAGGAAAAAAACUUCUUGUCCCUAAUUUUAAGCUCAUAUGUCCUACCGGCCCUGAAUGUUUCAUCCCGUCCAUUUGGGGCCGUUGCUAUGGUAACCACCGUCUCUAACAGCUAGCUAGCUACAGAAAGUUUGAAAAAUGGCCUCGAAAAACAACUUUGACCCUUUAUCAGUGGAGGAUCCUCCUGGAGGAGGAGGAGAGGAGGAGAAAGAGGAGGAGGAGGAGGGAGGAGAAGAGUCCACGUUGGAGUCUCGGGUUCCAGUGAAGGUGUUGCGUUUUCACCGUGACGUCGUGACCUCAGUUCAACUCUGCUUUUCAGACCGAUGUGUCCUCAGUGUCUCCUCAGACGUCUCUGCUGUCCUCUGGGACGUGCAGACUGGGCGUCCUCUCAGGACGUUUGAGGGCGUCCACAGCAGCAGCAUCAGUGACUGUGCUCUGGUUCCAAACAGCAACAGGAUGGUCACUGUGUCCUGGGACAAGAAGAUCGUCCUCUGGGACAUGGAGACGGGACAAGUUCUGUGGAGCAGGUCUCCCGCUGGCCUCUUGACCUCCUGCUCCACCUCCUCUGAUGGUCUCCUGCUGGUUUGUGCAUCAGAUCCUCAGAACGGGGUCUACGUCUGCCAGACGUCCUCUGGACAAACCCUGCACGCCCUCAACGGUCUUCACCGCUCCACCAUCACUCGCUGUCGUUUUGACCCCCAGAGCCUCAGAGUGUCCACGGUCUCUGCAGACCGCCUCCUCAAACUCUGGGACCUCAGGAACCAGAGGAGCACCCUGUCCACCCACAGUAACCAUAGUAACGUGGUCUCUGACUGCUGCUUCACCUCCAACGGCCACUUCCUGGCCACGGCCUCCUGGGACAAAACCCUGAAGCUGUGGGACCUGCAUGGAGGGGGGUUCAGGUCUCAGGGUGGUACCACGCUGAGGGGGGGCCAUGAAGGCAGCGUGAGCUGCUGCAACUUCUCUGCUGAUGACAGGCUGCUGGUCUCCGGCUCCUACGACAGGACUGUUGCAUUCUGGGAUACGGCCUCGCUGGUUCAGACUCUGGUCCUGAAGGGUCACAGAGACGGGGUGACUGGAGUCUCCAUCAGCUCUGACGGGACGCUGCUGGCGUCCUCCUCCAAGGACGGGACGGUUCGUCUGUGGGACGUAGAGAAGAUGGAGGACGUCCCGGCGGUGAUGAAGAAGAAGAUGAAGACGGAGGGAACAGGAGCUCACAUCAUCCAGUGUGAACGUUGUGCGAAGCCGUUUCCUGUCUCCAGACCUCUGACCUCAGAGUUAGUGUCUCGUUGUGUCUUCUGUCGCCUCGACUCUCCGUCCAGAUACCAACCACAGCCCCCAGAGGCCCCGCCCCUUGAGUGAGGUCAGAGGCCCCGCCCCUCGUGAGAGGUCAGAGGCCCCGCCCCUUGAGUGAGGUCAGAGGCCCCGCCCCUCGUGAGAGGUCAGAGGCAGCCUCUGGUGAAGGAAUGAGGGGACACA